GCCGCCACCACCACCUGGCAUUGGGUAGCGGCGCCGGAAACCGGGGCUCAGUUUAAGUGGAUGAAGAUGAAUCCUCAGCAGCAGCGGAUGGCCGCCAUAGGGACGGACAAGGAAUUGAGCGACCUACUGGACUUCAGUGCGGUAGGAUAUUCUUCGAAGUCUUCUUAUGGCUUCUCCACGAUGUUUUCCCCACCUGUUAAUAGUGGGAAAACCAGACCAACGACACUGGGAAGCAGUCAGUUCAGUGGAUCAGGUAUGGAAGAACGAACAGGUGCUGUAUCUUGGGGAACAAGUGGUCAAUCAAGUCCUUCAUAUGAACCUGCAAGGGAAAAUGGCAGUCUCCUUGGAAAAAGCUCAGAUCUCUCAACAGCUCUGGAAAAGCUGAAACAUGAGGAGGGUUUUACAGACAGUCCUCAUUAUGGUGAUCACUUGAAUGAUAGUCGAUUAGGGCCCAAUGAAGGAUUGUCCCCGACACCUUUCAUGAACUCAGAUCUGAUGGGGAAGACAUCAGAAAGAAGCCCAUUUCCAUUGUUUGGUCGAGAUCCAGGACUCUCAGGCUGUCAGUCCAGUCUGCUUCGAUCAGAUAUUGGGCUUGGAAGUCCAGGUGCAGUGCCAUCCUCAGGAAAAGCUGGAACACCAUAUUACCCAUUUUCUACAACAAACCCUCGCCGAAGAGCACUUCAUGAUCCAUCUUCUCUUGAUUCUCUGCAGACAAAGAAAAUAAGAAAGGUGCCUCCCGGUUUGCCUUCUUCUGUCUAUGCACCGUCUCCUAAUUCAGAUGACUUUAACAGAGAAUCUCCAAGUUACCCGUCUCCUAAACCACCAAGCAGUAUGUUUGCUAGCACUUUCUUUUUGCAAGAUGGGACCCACAAUGCUUCAGACCUUUGGAGCCCUUCCAAUGGAAUAAGCCAGCCUGGCUAUGGUGGAAUGCUGGAAAGUUCCUCUCACAUGUCACACUCCGGCAGUUAUGGCAGUCGGCACGCACAUGACCGCUUGAGCUAUCCCCCGCAUUCAGUCUCACCAACAGAUAUAAGCGCCAGUCUUCCUCCAAUGUCUAGCUUCCAUCGAGGUAGUACCAGCAGUUCAUCCUACGCCACUGCCUCUCACACUCCACCUGUCAAUGGAUCAGAUAACAACAACAUACUAGUUAACAGAGGCAAUGCUGCUGGAAGCUCACAGACUGGGGAUGCCCUUGGAAAAGCUUUGGCAUCGAUUUAUUCUCCUGACCACACUAGCAGUAGUUUUCCUUCAAAUCCCUCAACACCUGUUGGAUCACCAUCACCUCUCACAGGUGCCAGCCAGUGGUCAAGGACUGGAGGACAAGCCCCUUCAUCUCCAAAUUAUGAAAAUUCUCUGCACUCUUUGAAAAAUCGAGUUGAGCAACAACUUCACGAGCAUUUGCAAGAUGCUAUGUCAUUCUUAAAGGAUGUCUGUGAGCAGUCACGGAUGGAGGAUCGCUUGGACAGACUUGAUGAUGCUAUCAAUGUACUGAGGAACCAUGCGGUGGGGCCUUCAACCAGCCUGGCGAGUGCACAUGGGGAUAUACAUAGUUUACUGGGACCAUCCCAUAAUGGGCCAAUUAGUAGUUUGAGCUCAAAUUAUGGAGCAACCAGUCGGCAAGCCUCAAUAGUCAGCACCCAUCGGGAGGAUGGCAUCAGCCUCAGUAGCAACCAUGCAGGAUUGUCCACCACCCUUCCUGCCCAGAAUACAGAACUAAACCAUAAAACACAAGAAAGCUACAGAGUGCUGUCAGCUGGGUUGCCAACCCAAUCGGUAGCAUUAGGACCAGCCGAGAUCAAGUCAGAACACAAGGAGAAAGAUGAAAACACACAUGAGCCCACUUCCUCUGACGACAUGAAAUCCGAUGACGAGUCCUCUCAAAAGGACAUCAAGAUUUCAUCAAGAGGAAGAACAAGCAGCACGAAUGAAGAUGAAGAUUUGAACCCAGAACAGAAGCUGGAGAGGGAGAGGGAGAGGCGAAUGGCCAACAAUGCUCGUGAGCGCUUGCGGGUCCGAGAUAUUAACGAAGCAUUCAAAGAGCUGGGCCGGAUGUGUCAGCUUCACCUGAAGAGUGAAAAACCUCAGACCAAGCUGCUUAUUCUUCACCAGGCUGUGGCCGUCAUCCUCAGCCUUGAGCAGCAAGUCAGGGAGAGGAACCUAAACCCCAAAGCAGCCUGCCUUAAGAGAAGGGAAGAAGAAAAAGUUUCUGCCGUAUCGGCAGAGCCACCAACUCUACACCCAGGAAGCCAUCCUGGGCUUAGUGAAACUACCAACCCUAUGGGUCAUAUGUGAACAUCAGAAUUCUGAAAUUAUGGGGAGGAAACCUAGAAGGUGACCUUUUCUUCACAAGGACACAGACUCAAAGUAGCAUUAUAUAAGGUCACGUCUGACAAGAGAAGCAAGAAACCCAAACUCAGCCGUAUGAGAAAAGCUACUGGUCGAUUACCUGCAUCAGAAGUGGCGAUUCCAGCAUCUCCUUCCAAGAGAAUUUCAACCCCAGAAAUAUUCUCUGCACAUUUCCUCCUCUGCCGCCUCCUCCUCCUCCUCGUUCUGUUGCAAAUAGCAGCAUGCCGCUCCAGCACAAUCAGAGACUCUGAGACCUUUCCACUUGCCGUGGAAGUUGCCUUGUGCCUAAACAGAAUUGACAAAUGCAUUGUAACUACAAAUUUUUAUUUAUUUGUAAUGGAACUAUAAAGGUCCUCAUUUGAAGGGGAAAAAAUCAACCUGUUCAGAGCUGAUAGGAAUUCAGUUGAGAUGCCGGCGUUGAGAAGCACAUUCCGAGAGCAGAGCCACAACCACCGGCUGCCCCUUUGCUUUCCCAACAUGCCUACGAGUGUCUUAAAAGAAGGAAGGGACAAGGACUUCUGUUAUUUUCCAGUUCCUUUGGCCAUUUGACAUGUGUUCCCCUUGGUCUGUCGCUCUGUGUUUAAAUGCUCAUGGCCACAGCCCGCCUCUUGGGUACAGCUCCUUACUGCAAAGCCAUUCAGGUCCAAGGCAGGAGCGCAGGCAGAUGCCGUGAGAUGCCACCGCGUUUCUUGGACUGAAAAGAGGGUGACGACACUGUCUUCAUUUCUCAACGAGACCCCUUAAACCGUUGGGGUUCCUAGCAAAGCUUAUAAUGUGAACUGAGUGGGGCGGGGGAAGAACCGACUUAGAAUUGCUUUGUUUUCUAAGCAGUCAGUCCACGUAAAGCAGAUGUAAGCACGAAACAGAUUGAAACGCAAAUUAGGUUUUUCUUCUUGGCCUGUUGUAACAACUCGUGUGCAGAAGUUUGCUUGUGAACAUCUCGUGACCAGGUAUUGGGAUGAGUUGAUCUGAUCGCUCAGAGGCAAGAGAAGUAGUCCCCAGUCUGUCCUGAUAGCUUAGCUUAAUUUCUGCCUUGCCUGUGAACUGGGGAGGGUUCUGAUUCUUGCCAACUGCAUGCCAAACACAUUUGCCCUCAGCCUAGAAGAUCAGGGCCAUCAGCAUUGUCCGGGUGUGGUAUGGCUUCACCUGAAGGGUCCCUGAGUGUUCCUCCUUUGCUGCCUCUCUUGGGAAUAUCCCAACUCCUUUAAACUUCCAUACAAACUGUCUUCCAAUGUAGAACCCCAGAGUUGGGGGUGGGAGGAAAAAAGGAGAAGGGACAAUGAAAGCGUAGCCUUCUUGAAGUUGCGGUGUUCUAUCUCUGACAUGUGGCAAUCUGCUUGCAUUCCCAAAAGGAACAACUCAGCUAAGUAUUUGAAUAAUCUCACUGCAUUUAAAAGAACAAAAACGCCGUUGCUACAACAGGCUUACAAUUUUGAGAUCCUGUCUUGGAGGGUUCCUAGCAAAUCACUGGUUUUCAAGUGACUGCCAGGACUUUGCAUCUGUUCUCCCGUAACACCUGACAAGUGUCUGUGGCCUUGCUCUUCUUCCUUCCAGUGUGUCUCAGCUCAGUGAACUUCUGCUUAUGAUGACGUGUGCAAAUGCUCACCUGCCCCCUGCUUGGCCUUUUUCCUUCCUAGCUUGUUGUCUCAUGGCUAUAUUAGAUUUUGCAGUAUGUCCAGAAGCUUUCCUUCAUAACAUAGAGAGAAAGAGAGAAAGAGAAACCAUUUGGCUUAUUUUUCACUGUAGUUAGUCUUUUUAUACAAUAAUCUUGUAAGAAAGUUUCUUGAAUUCUAAAUAUUACUCUUUCUAGAUUUUUGAAAUCAAAAAGGUUUUCAGUAAAAAAUUUCUUACUUUAUUUUACUAUAUUAGGUAGUAAAAAUGUAGGGUUAUUUACCAUAACCUGUUCAUUAAUAUCAGAAAUGUACAAUAGCAUUGUAGGAGCAUAGUAGGGUUCUAGCAUACUGUGUAGUACCUUAUGGAGUAUUGUAAGAGCUACUUGUCUGAGAUGAAUUGCUUCUCAUCUUGUUAUCCAGUUCCCAUUGUUGGUUUAUUGCAAAUUUGUACCCUGUGUCAAAUUUCAAGAUGUUACUGAUAAACCUUUUCAACCAGCAGCAAGACGUUCAACACUUUUUCUGUCAAUGUAACAGAAAACACUAUGUAUAUAACAUUUAUGUAGCAAUAAAUGUGCCAUCUUUUUU